UACCUGGUUUGCAAUGGGUACGGUGAUAGUUUUAUUGCCUUGCUAAGAACAGGGAAAAUUUCCCGCGAAACAAGUUUUUGUUUUCCGACAUUUAUGAAAAUAACUCAGUACCAGUCCCUCGAGUCUCUUGAAUGAAGUCGAAGUUGGUAAAGGGAAGGUUGCAUUCACGACUGAGAAUUUAGCACAAAUAUCCAUCGAAACAUGGCUUGAACUCCUAACCAUCGCUGAUAAAGGACAAGGGACUUGUAAAUAACUUUAUGAUGUUGAAGGUUGUGGUGAUCGGUGUUAUUUUGGCGGGUUUUCUGGGACAGCCCAGCGUGGCUUCGUCAAGUCCGCCGGCACAACAUGGAACUCAAACGAAUACUAGUAAUAACACAAGCCACGAUAAAGCACACGACAUUCCAUCAUUCAAUGUAGCUACCUUUGACUUUAAUCAUGUCGCAGGGCCGUUCACGAUCAUGCUUUGGAUUUUGAUCGCCAGUUUUGCCAAACUAGGAUUCCAUCUGUCAUUUAUGCUUGAGUCUGUCUUCCCCGAGUCAAGCUUGGUUAUUAUUCUGGGGGUAAUAUUUGGAGGAAUAAUCAGGUUAUCUGGCCUCACCACUGAGGAUGUGCCAUUUUUCAGCUCUGAUAUCUUUUUCUUAUUUAUGCUUCCUCCCAUUGUUUUGGAAGCUGGUUACUUUCUUCAAGACAGAGCAUUCUUUGAUAAUAUUGGCACCAUCCUACUGUUUGCUGUAGUUGGGACACUAUUCAAUGCCUUUACAGUCGGCUUUACCCUGUAUGGUGUAUCCCACAUAAUUGGCAUACCCCUAAUGCACUAUCUCGUCUUUGGGGUGCUUAUCUCUGCUGUAGACCCAGUGGCGGUUCUAGCUGUCUUUGAAGAGGUCAACGUCAAUGUCAUGUUGUACAUUAUUGUAUUUGGUGAAUCUUUACUUAAUGAUGCGGUGACGGUGGUCCUGUACCAUUUAUUUGAAAAGCUCUCUGAGAUGGAUGAGGUCACCCAUAAAGAGAUACUGCUGGGCUUUGCUAAUUUCCUGGUGGUUAGUCUUGGUGGCACUCUAAUGGGAGUACUGUGGGGGUUCUUUACCGCUUUUGUUACCAAAUAUACAGACCAUGUGCGAGUGAUUGAGCCCAUCUUUGUGUUCAUCAUGAGUUAUAUGGCUUAUCUCUGUGCUGAAAUGUUCCACUUAUCCGGCAUACUGAGCAUUGUGACGUGUGCAAUAGUUAUGAAGCCCUAUGUUGAGAUGAAUAUUUCUCGCAAAUCUCACACCACCAUUAAAUAUUUCAUGAAGAUGCUGAGCUCUUGUAGUGAGACGCUUAUCUUCUUAUUUCUGGGCAUUGCUCUUGUAACAUAUGACCAUGUAUGGUCGACGGAGCUCGUCUUUUUAACUCUUCUCUUUAUAUCAGUCUACCGUGCUAUCGGUGUAGUUUUUUUAACUUAUCUGGCCAAUCGCUUUGGGCGUUUGAAUAAGCUUUCCGGCGUGGACCAGUUUAUAAUGUGCUAUGGGGGGAUCCGUGGUGCUGUCUCCUUCUCCCUGGCUAUUCUACUAAAUCCCAAGCACUUCCCCGACAAAGGCAUGCUUGUCACUACCACAAUCGUCGUUGUCAUCUUCACUAUCUUUGUGCAGGGCACAACUAUCAAGCCUAUUGUAAAAGCGCUCAAUGUGAAACUUCAAGAACAUAAGAAACCGUCCAUGUACAAAGAACUCAAUGAUAAGUUUCUUGAGCAUCUGGUUGCGGGGAUAGAAGAAGUGUCUGGAUUCAGAGGACAUGGCUAUUAUUGGGCUCUCAUGGAGUAUAUUCAUAUGCGCUACCUCCGCCCAUGGUUCAUCAGAGAUGAUGACAGCUGUAUCCAUGAUAAGGACCUUUUACUGGCAUACCGCAGAUUAGAAUACAAGGAUGCGUUGACUCACCUUGAGCGAGAAGGCAGUGGAUCGCUACUUUUUACCAGCAAAGCCAACUCAAUAGAGCAAGAAGAGGACCCUCUCGUAUUAAGGGGUGGUUCACUUGUACGAUGUCCCGACACCGUGCUACGAGACUUAAAAAUCGCAACUGGAGCCAAUAACAGCGGUGAUGAAAAGGGAACAUAUCACCUGAUUGCAGAGCCCCCACUUGAGUUUGAAUUCUACAACACCCACCAAUCCCUUAGCAGUCUGCUUGCCUACUCAAGGACUUAUAGACAUCGUAAAUUUAACCGAAAUAAUCUGGUUGAUGAUGGCAUGGACGUUGUGCCCAGCUAUCUAGCGCAACCUGCACGCUCUGCAUUUCGGUACAUCCCUGGAACGACUGAUAGAAUGAAUAUGCGCCCGAAGCACAAGAAGCACAAGCGUCGUAAGCGAGGGCACCACAAGCGGCAUGAGCUGGAAGGCCAGCCGCCCAAGAAAAAGCUAUCCACGAUAUUUGAACCAGAGGAAGGCGAACUCAACGCCGAGAAGAAAGAGGACGAUGAGCACAACGAGCGCUUGAAACGAGACGACGACGUGGACCAUGCAGACAACACGGCCACCAAGAAAAAGACAGAUAGCAAAGAUAGCAACCGGACGAGGAAAGACUCUGAAUCAAGCACUGGCAGCGACGACGGAAUCUCAUUCAGCGCGGGGAGGCACUGGCGGCUUGGCCGUAUCCCGUCUUUUGAAGGCGCUUCGUACGAGGAGAAGGACUCUGCUUCUGAUAGCUCCAGGGAAGACGAUAAUCGGCAUAGUCCCCAACCCAGCCCGCGCCCAAAGCAUGACGGAAAGGAGGAUAUCCCGCUAGUCUCGUUUGUUGUUGACAUGGAGGAUACGCACGCAAAGGAUGUCGGGAAGAGUGCGGAGGAAACCGUCUAACACGACCACACUCAAUGAAAUAUACCUCGAAUACCCAAAAAGCGAUUGUAUUGAGUACAUAGGAAACCGUCUAACACGAUCACACGAAAUAAGAUAUACCUCAAAUACCCAAAAAGCGAUUGGAUUGAGUACAUAGGAAAAUGCCUAACACGACCACAGGAGAUAAGAUAUAUAGUAUAAAUACCAUAUAAGAUGUGAGAUCAAGUGUAGGGAGAACUCCACUUCCUAGGGUGAUGGCGUCAAAGUCAAUGUGAAAGACAUUCUUUCCACCGCCGAAAGGAAGGUAGUAGAACCGCAACUUGCUAGUACCUUUUGAGCGGGAAUUUUUCUCUUUCAAAACAAAGUCCGUAAGAGCACGAGAUCAUAAUGAAGUAUGUCCCCGUCUCCUUAUAAUAUAUCGAGUGGUCAGUUGGUUUUACUAAUGUCGGGAUGCUUGUGUUAAUGAUUUUUUUGUUAAGGGCCUCCACCGAAUAAGCGUCAUCUCCCGGAUAAGCGCCAUUCCGAAUAAGCGUCUCAACAAAGCGUAUUACACUUUAUGACUUUGAUGACAAAGAUGAUCACAAGUUGAAAGGGGAGUAAUAAAAACUAGGACAGAACUACCCGCUAUAUUAUUUUAUCAUUAAAACUUCACUUGCCUGAUUCGGGUUGGGUUACCUGUGUGUAUUCCCAUGCCAUUUUCGACAUUUGGUUGAAUAAAAUAUAACUGUUAAAACUGAUCUACCCGUAGAGUGCAUUAACUGCUAUUUAUUGUAAUUUAAGUAAAAUUUUGAAAAGGAAGUGGGUAAUGUUACAAUUAUUUUGUCAAAAUAAAGUGCAAUAUUUUGACUUGGUA